AUGCCCCGUCCGAUCAUUCAUAAAACACCUGAGGCAAAAUUAGCAGCUGCACAUGAAAAGCGUAGGAGCUAUUAUGCUAGAAACAGAGACAGGAUUUUGAAGAACUGCAGAGAGCUACGGAGCUCUAACAGCAAGGAAUCACGAGAAGCCAGAAAAUUCUCAAGAGACCUGUCAAAGGCUGUUGCAAAAGCCCUGCAUCGUGAUGAAGAUGAGUCUGAGUCUAACACUGGCAGCGAGGAUUCCCAGGACUCGGACGAUGACGAAAGUCAACCAGAUAACCUUCCUGAAUGCUUACACAUCGUCAAAGAGAUCAAGGAUGAGAUGUUGGCAAAGAUCAACGACCCCUGCACUUUCGUCCAUGGCAUCUUAUGUGCCUACAUUAAGAAUAUGCCAGACGACUCAUCUACCAAAGCCGACAUCUCCAUCAUCGAAACGCCAAUGGCCGACGUCCAAAAAUUACUCAAUCAUAUUAUUGCCGCGCAAGACCAAAUCCUUAAUUUUUGUGGAGUCUCGCCUGAAUGGCAUGCCGCAGAUUCUGUCAGCCGUUUCUUGAGGACUGUCCUCGCGUAUCUGGAGGACAUCCAAUUUCUGGUGCUUUUUGGAGGAAUUCCUGACCUCACACUUGCUCACUCUAUGGGGGAGUUAAUGUACCAGAAAGGCACCAGGAUUUGA